AAACACUGAUCGAUAACUAAAUCAGUCCGCUUAAUAUCAUCGAUCAUGUCAUCACUAUUAUUCCAUUUAUACAUACUCCUUGCAAUAUUAGUAUUAUACAAUUUAUACACACUCAUUGCAAUAUUUCUUCUUCCAGUUUCCUCCGACUUCCCCACUCAAACUUUGGGUGCCACACCAUACGAGUAUCUCAUGUUCACACAGCAGUGGCCGAAAGCUGUGAACAAAAAUAGCCGAUUGACCAAAUUUACAAUCCACGGCCUGUGGCCGUCAAAUUUUUCCGGAAAAAAGUUGAUUUGCACCGGAACAAAUUUUAGUAAAAGCAAGAUGCCGCCUGAGCUAGAAGAGGAACUCAAUAUCUCUUGGCCGGAUGUCGAAAGGGGAAGGAAUUGGGGCUUUUGGGAACACGAGUACAAUAAGCACGGUACGUGUUCCGAAGAUAUCUUCGACCAGACCAAAUACUUUGAGCUCGCCAACAAGAUGAGGAAAACAUUGGACAUAGCUCAAAUGCUUAAAAAAAGGAAAAUCGUUCCAGGUAAAAAUUAUACCACAUCUCAAGUUGUGGCUGCCAUUAAGAAAGAAAAUCAGAAUAAAUCACCCUCCAUUCGUUGUAAAGAGCGAAAGGGAUCAGCAGAGUUAUUAUUGGUUGAGGUAGUUGUAUGUUACGACCACGAUGGAAAAGAAGUGAUCGACUGUCCUGACAAUAGGACCUGCGGGUCUCCGAAUCAGUCUAUAUUAUACGUGUAAGUAAAGUAAGAUCACACACAUAUAUGUGUGCAAAUAAUGAAAUAAGAUGGAUAUCCCACAUUUAAAUAUGUACUAUUAUUAAAUAGUGUAAAUUACAUUUUACCCCU